AUGCCAGAAGCAGUAAGGAAAGGUCCAAAGAUCACGGACAUGACCGAUGAGACCAUCACAGAAAACACCAUCUUGGUCAACUCCCAACACGAUGACAUGAGAUUGAUGUUCCUUUUACAAAAAGCCGUUCAGCACUUGCACGAUUUUGCAAGAGAGACCAGGUUGACUACCGACGAAUGGAUGGCCGCCAUCAUGUUCUUCACCGAAGUCGGUAAGAUGUGCAGUGACAUUCGCCAAGAGUUCAUCUUGUUGUCAGACACCAUGGGUUUGUCCGUCUUGGUUGAUGGUAUCUCCCACCCAAAGCCAGCCAACGCUACCUCGGGUACCUUGUUGGGACCUUUCCACACGCACGAUGCUGAAGUCAAGGAACAGGGUGGCUCGAUCUGCUCCGACGGCAAAGGUGAGCCUUUGUUGAUUGAAGGUUUGUUGACUGACCCUGAAGGCAACCCCUUGGCAGAUGCCGAUAUUGACCUUUGGCACUGUGACGCCAAUGGGCUUUACGACACUCAGUACUCGGACAGAGACGCCAACGGUCCAGACAUGAGAGGUAUCGUCAAGACCAACGCAGACGGUUCCUUCAUCAUCAAAUGCACCAGACCCGUGCCAUACGCCAUUCCUCACGAUGGUCCCGUAGGUAAAUUGUUGCAGAAAUUGAACAGACACCCCUUCAGACCCGCUCACGUUCACUUUAUGAUUAGCAAGCCCGGCUACGACCAGUUGAUUACUGCCUUGUACGAAAAGGGAGACCCAUAUGAAACCUCCGAUGCCGUCUUUGGUGUCAAGACCCCUUUGAUUUACACUUUGGACAAGUUGGGCGAAGAGAGAGCCAAGAAGUACGGCAUGAACGCCGACGACUGGUACUUGAAAUGGCACUUUAAGAUUGUUACUGAAGAGCAAUCCGUCAAGUUGGUCCAAGAGAAGAACAAGGCUGCUUUGAGAAAGAGUGCUGCCAACGUUGUUCUCAACGACCAAGGUUUGCCCGAAUUCUCUCCAUUGGAUUAA